AUGGGCAGUGAUGAUCAUCUAGUAAACCAGCUGAUUGCAGAACUCAGCAGCACUUUUGCCUUGAAGGAUUUAGGUGAGGUUGACUACUUUCUAGGCAUUCAAGUAACAAGAACCUCUGAAGGUAUUCUACAGUACAUUAAAAAGAUUCUAUGCAAAGCAGGUAUACAAAAUGUCAAUACUCAAAAUACACCAAUGAACAGUGGAUUGAAGCUAUCCAACUAUGGGAGUAAACCUGUCCAAGAUAUUACUUUAUACAGGUCCAUAGUUGGAGCCCUGCAAUAUGCAACAGUUACUCGACCUGAUCUUGCUUUCUGUACUCUAGACUAUGGUCUCAUGCUCAAACCAGUGUCUGACUUCUCCCUAGAUGUUUUCUGUGAUGCUGACUGGGCAUCUGACCUUGAUGAUAGGAGGUCGACUACUGGAUACUGCAUAUAUCUUGGGGGAAAUCUAGUCACUUGGAAAUCUCAAAAACAAGUUACCAUUAGCCGGUCCUCUACUGAAGCAGAGUUCAGAAGCUUGGCUUGUAACGCCCAGAUUUCCUGA